UCACUAAUCAGUAAUCACAUUUACCGAAAAAUCCGUACCAAACAUUUAUUGUUUAACGAGCUCAAUUAAAGAACAAAAUGUCAACAGAUGGAUUUAGUCGAUCUGGAUUUAUUGGAGAUGCUCCGCCUGCGUAUGAAACCGUACAACCGGUUUUGAAUCAGCCACGUAAGUUUUCAAAAUUUGGCUACUUCCACAUUCCUGUGACCUGUUUAUCAGGACUUGAAAGUCUUCGUGAAGUUGGUCAACUAAGUAUAGAAAAGGAGCCAGUGGACUGUUGUUCUUGUUCAUGUGAAUUCUCCUCCACAUACAACGUAAAAAACAAUUACGACCAAAAGCUUUUUUCGAUUUCACCAGUGAACGUCAGCUGUAUGUCAUACGAUAUGCAACUCUUCGACAAUUUUGGAAAUCCAGUAGUCCUCUUCCAACGAUGCAGAGAAUGUUGCUCUGGCUUGAAAAUCGAAGCCAUUCACUCGCAAGGUACGCUCAUAGGCACCGUCCAGAGGGAAGUUGGAUUUUUGAACUCUGCCUACAUCGUUGGAGACGCCAACGGCCAAACUGUUUUCGAAGUGAAAAGAAGUGCGAUUAAAUUUUUUCCAAAGAAUGUUGACUUCAGUAUUAAGUUGGCUGCUGGGUCUAUAGAAAUCGGAAAAAUUACUUGGAUACGGACGGGUUUGAUGAGUGGACGACGCCUUUACAAAAUUAUAUUUCCGAAAGAUUUAGCACCAGAAAUGAAGGUGGCUUAAUGGCCGCUUGGUACAAGAUUCUGAGUAUAUUUUUCGUUUUGGAUUUAAGACAUAAUCAAUGGUUUACAGGAAAUAUUAUAUAAGACUAAACGCCGACGCCGCAAUCAAAUUAGCUAAGAAAAAAUUGGUCUAAAGAGUUUAGACAGUACUUCCCUCACUGUCGGAAACGGGACGACGGCAUACCUAUUCCUAUUACGUUUUUUAACAUAAUACAUUACAUCGGAAGAAUGUCACGUA